CAGCCAAUCAGAGCGCUGCGAUAGUAGACACACACUCUGGAGCGAUCGGAGAACAAGAGCAGCUUAGCCGCGCUGCAGCACCGCGAUAUGGCAUCACACAUGCUUUAAACCCCGCCGCUCGACCCUUUAGUUUUCUCCUCAUUUUCUGCGGUGACUCAACAAAAAGAGAACUGCAGCAGCGCAAAUUGAAGUGAACAUCAGUGAGCACAGAUCCAGCAAUGACCUUGCUUGAAGCGAGCACGUCCCUUAUUGGGAAUGCCGUGGAGGGAGUUGGCAAUAAUCUAACUUCUAUGGUCCUUUUGACUAGUGCUUUCAUCUUGAGUGUCAGCUACCUGUCUAAGAUUGCAUUCAAACAUUUCCAUCUGCACGAUAGAGAUGUGAAAUAUCCUCCCUACAUUCCAUCAAGUAUCCCUUUUCUUGGCCAUGCUAUAGCAUUUGGGAGGAGUCCAAUUGAAUUUCUUGAGAAGGCAUAUGAAAAGUAUGGUCCUGUCGUUAGCUUCACUAUGGUGGGCAAGACAUUUACAUAUCUAAUCGGAAGUGAUGCUGCCACCUUGCUGUUCAAUAGCAAAAAUGAAGACCUCAAUGCAGAAGAUGUGUACUCCAAACUUACAACACCCGUGUUUGGAAAAGGAGUUGCUUAUGAUGUCCCCAACCAUAUCUUUUUGGAGCAAAAGAAGAUGCUGAAGACAGGCUUGAAUGUUGCACAGUUUAAACAACAUGUAGAAAUGAUUGAAGAUGAAACCAGAAAGUAUUUUGAACGAUGGGGAGACAGUGGAGAAAGAAACCUAUUUGAAGCUCUGUCUGAACUGAUCAUCUUAACAGCUAGCAGAUGUUUGCAUGGGAAGGAAAUACGAAGCCUUUUGAACGAGAAGGUUGCUCAGUUGUAUGCUGAUCUGGAUGGAGGCUUCACUCAUGCAGCUUGGCUUUUGCCAGGAUGGCUCCCAUUGCCAAGCUUCAGGAGGAGGGACCGAGCUCAUAAAGAGAUCAAAAAUAUCUUUUACAAAGUCAUUCAGAAGCGCAGAGCGUCAGGAGAGAGAGAGGAUGACAUGCUUCAGACUCUGCUGGAUGCAACAUACAAGGAUGGCUGUCCACUAUCUGAUAAUGAAAUCGCUGGCAUGUUAAUUGGGCUGCUUCUUGCUGGACAGCACACUUCGUCCACUACCAGCGCUUGGAUGGGGUUCUUUUUAGCCAGAGACAAAUCCCUCCAGGAUCGAUGCUUUGCUGAGCAGAAGGCUGUGUGUGGUGAGGACCUGCCACCAGUCAAAUAUGAACAGAUUAAAGAUCUCAACUUGCUUGACCGCUGUCUUAAAGAAACAUUAAGGCUCCGACCACCUAUCAUGACAAUGAUGAGGAUGGCAAAGACACCUCAGGUGGUUGAAGGCUUUACAAUUCCUCCUGGUCAUCAGGUGUGUGUAUCUCCAACUGUCAACCAUCGGCUGCAGGAUACCUGGGUUCACAGAUUAGACUUCAACCCUGAUCGCUACCUUAAUGAAAACAACAGUACUGGGGAGAAGUUUGCAUAUGUACCCUUUGGCGCUGGUCGUCAUCGCUGCAUUGGUGAGAACUUUGCCUACAUACAGAUCAAGACCAUUUGGUCAACGCUGCUCCGUCUGUACGAGUUUGAACUGCUCAAUGGCUACUUUCCAACAGUAAACUACACCACCAUGAUUCACACACCCCACAAUCCCAUCAUCAGGUACAAGCACCGAGUGCACUGAAGAGUCUUCGCACAUGAAGGACUUGAUGUUUCUGUGGAAAAUUUUUUCUCGUUACUUGAAAGUCUCUUUUUGUAUGACAUUUAAUUUUUUUGUUGAUAAUGGAUUAUACAGUAAUUUCAGAACACACAUGGAAAGAAUCUUUAGUUGUAAAUGUAAAAUAUGAUGCAAACAACUCCCCACCCAAUAAAAAUGCAAGAAAUUAAAAAUUAAAAACAGUAAAAAUCUUUCUAAACUUUGUUCUAUAAGUAAAUAAAUAUAAAAAGCUGCAUUUUGGCUGAAUUACAUUUAGAGCUUUUUAGAAAAGGUUUUUGAAACUAGAGUCGGACUCUUUUCUUUGAGCGAUGCUGAUGUCUCUCGGUCACAGGUUUAGGGAGUGCGCUACACUUGCCCCACUGUUGUCAGAAAUGUUUGUGUAAUCACUGACACAGCCUUGGACCUCAAAUCACUCUUAACACUGACAGAAAUAGCGAUGAAAAUUCUCUUCUAAUACACCACACUGCUUGCACAAACAUUUGCUUUGCUCAGUUCACCUUUCAUAAUUCAGUGGGAAAGCCAUCUUUUAUUAUCUCAAAGUGAAUAAAACCCAUUCUGUAUGUGAGGAUUUGUUCAGAAUUUGCCCAAAACUGACUGCUGUAAUUCUAAAGAAGGCUUUUCAUUUGAUUUGCUCUUCUAUUCUGAUGACGCUCUUAUUAGACGGCUCUUAGCUAUGUGGGGGUCGACUGUUAAAUUUCAUAGAUUGCCUUUGCAAAAAAAAUAAUUGUACUUGCUAUGUUAUUUUUAUCAUUGAAUUAUGUUUUGUUUUUGCACUUUGUUCUUUAAAUAAAUCAAUUAAUUAAUAAAAAAAAAAGGCUUGGGAAAAAGAACAAGCAUUUGAACAAAGCACAGUCCUCCUGUUUUAAAGACACCGCCUCCAUACCGAAGAUGCAUUGCGUAAGCUACUGACUGUUUAAGUGAGAUCAGCAUAGCAGUCUAACAUGAAGACACAAAACUAUGUAAUGCCUCCAAAGGAAUGCAUUCUGGGAGAAAAGUAUAUAUCUAAAUCGAAAUGUUUUUUUUUUUUUUUUAAACAUUAAAACCACAUUAAACUUUUAAAAUAUUAAGGCAGUCCAUAGUUAUUUAUUAUGUAAAGCUGUUUUCCAAUUAACAGACUAGUUUCUGCGGUAUGAUGUGCAAAGUUAGUAAAAAUGAAAAGACCUCAAAUGCUAACUGUCACAAUCGGCUCGGCUACAGUAGAAUUGGAGAGUAUUCUAUUCAGAUCCUGUCACUUUCUGCACACAUCCAAUCUGACAUUUUCCCCAUCAAUCUGCACUCAACAAGCCCUAAUGACAAAGUGAAUACAGGUUUGCAAACUCGGUCAUUGAUAUAAAUAUUCAGACACUUUACUGUGUCGCCCCAAAUUGUGCUCAGGUGCAUCCUGUUUGCUUUAGUUCUCCUUGAGAUGGGUCUAGAACUUGGUGUCCAUGUAGACCUUCAUGAUAAAACUGUGGUGGGGCACAGAUCUGGGCAAGGGAAUCAAACCAUUUCCAAAGCUUUGGAUGGAUGAAACCUCAUGAACUUUCUUCCCGAUUGUGCCGAAAAAAGAUCUGAAAAUGGUGACAUCUGGUGGUUUACAGCUAUCAUAGCAGCCAUGAGCUUGAGGAAGCCAGUGGAGGAAGCGCACUCACAAGUCUUCUACUUUCAAACUGACUGGUGCACUACAAGUCUAAGAACAUGCUGUGUGUUCAUUCUGAUCUUAUGAUAAUCAUGUUGUCAUUAAACUGCUGCAAUUAAUGUAUGGGUGACAAUUUUUUACAAUAAAAUAAUGUUUAAA